GGGGUGUAAUUGAUAUCAACUCCCGCACCGCCCGCUCCGUGUAGCCGCCCCACCCCUCCUGCGCCAGCGGCGGUGGUUCCUCCCAGUGGGAGCGCCGCUGUUCGCUUCCGUUUACUUGUUUGCUCCAGAGCGUCCAUAAACACGGCAAUAAAGGGAGUCUGCCGCUACCGAGAUGCUGUCCCGGUCUCCGUGUGUUUACCGCACGCUGGGUCGGUUCCUGUCAGCGGCGAGUCCGGUUCAUAAUUUGGGGAUUCAACAAAAUGUGUCAGGUCUCUCACUUUGCAGCCAACUCAUUUACAGGAAAUCUCAGCCGUGUGGAUUUCUGGCCCCAUCAGAUGUGUACUCUCGCAGACAUUUCAGGACAUCUGCUGUUUACAAGGAUGAAUUGGUCACAGUCAACACUCCUGCAUUUGCUGAGUCAAUUACAGAGGGCGAUGUAAGGUGGGAGAAAGUGGUGGGUGACUCCGUAACAGAAGAUGAAGUGGUGUGUGAAGUCGAGACUGACAAGACAUCAGUUCAAGUUCCCACUCCUGUAGCUGGUGUAAUCGAGGAGCUGCUGGUCCCUGACGGAGGAAGAGUGGAACCAGGAACUCCCCUGUUCAAACUACGGACAGGAGCUGCCCUCGCUGCCAAAGCUGCUCCCUCCCCGGCUACAGAGGAUGUCACUCAUCCAGCACCUCCACCUCAGCCCUCCAUCUCUGCUGCCUGGCCUCCAAUACCGCCACUGCCUGCUUCAGCCCUACCUAUUGCUCUCAUCAAACCCACUCCUGCUGCUCCAGCACCUCCUGCUCUUCCAGCAGAGGGAGUCAGAGGAGAAAACAGGGUGAAGAUGAGCCGUAUGAGGCUGAGGAUUGCUCAAAGGCUGAAGGAAGCUCAGAUCACGUGCGCCAUGCUGACCACCUUCAACGAAGUAGACAUGAGUAACAUCAAGGAAAUGAGGAAACUCUACAAGGAGGCGUUCUUCCAGAAGCACAACGUCAAAUUGGGUUUUAUGUCGGCUUUUGCUAAGGCGGCUUCACAUGCUCUGAUGGAUCAACCCGCUGUCAACGCUGUUAUUGACGAUUCAACCAAGGAGAUUAUCUACAGAGACUAUGUGGACAUUAGUAUUGCCGUGGCAACCCCAAAAGGACUCGUUGUGCCAGUGCUACGUAAUGUCGAGGCCAUGAACUUCUCUGAGAUUGAGAAAGCCAUAAAUACGCUGGGAGAAAAGGCUCAAAGAAACGAGCUUGCUGUUGAAGACAUGGAUGGAGGAACGUUCACCAUCAGCAACGGUGGCGUGUUUGGCUCCUUGUUCGGCACACCCAUCAUUAACCCGCCGCAGUCGGCCAUUCUUGGCAUGCAUGGCAUCUUCGACAGACCUGUGGCCGUCAACGGAAAGGUCGAGGUCCGACCCAUGAUGUACGUAGCGCUGACCUACGACCAUCGGCUCAUCGAUGGCAGGGAAGCGGUCACUUUCUUGCGCAAGGUCAAAGAAGUGGUAGAAGAUCCACGGCUGCUGUUGCUGGACAUGUGAUGGUCCAGUACUUUAAAAAAUACUCGCAUGCACUUGAUGAACCCCACAAACUAGGAGACGGUUACUUUAGCACAGCUACUUCUGGUGUUAUAAACUCAAAUUUGAGAUAAAUCCAGGUGUUGUAACAUUCCAGACCCCUAGAUGGACGGAUCUGGGCCUCAGCUUAAUCAUGAAAGCAAGAAAACGUUUUCCCCUUUUUUUUUUUCCAGUUCCUGUUUUCUGAUGUUACAAGAAAUAUUUUAGAAGAACCCAAAGCUUUAAUUGUUAUAAAUCCAGAUAAAAUGAACAGUUGUAGAGCUUCCAGCAGUUUAAUGGGUGAUUUCUUUUCUAUGACAGAUCCAGAGUUCGACAGUUUUCAGUUUGCUGCCUGAAACAGUCUGAGGGAAAAAUUAAGUUUAUUAGUGAUGUGUAUACCGGCAACAAGGCUGUGGAUUUAAUUGGACUCUGAUUUGUUGGGUUGGUCGCCCGUUUCACUGAUUUUUGUUUUGGGUUUCCUGAGGUCCUGAAAUUUGAAUACGUUUGAAGCUUCAAUCGCUGCUGUCAAACUUACAAACUCAUCAAACGGUUAUCAGAUAUAAUGGAAAAGGAACAUGAUAUACAUGCAAAAAAAACACUUUCAGUCACAUACUAUUUAUUUUAUUAUAAUUAUGAUGCAAACAAACAUAAUAUGGUCAAUAUGGCAUUAGCAAAAUUAUAAUUUACCAGCAGAUGAAGUUGAUUUUAAAACAGCUGUUCGGUUUCCUGCAUUCUGUCGUUGCUUUUACCCAAAGAAACGCCUGAAACAUUAAACAUCUGAAGUGUUUUAUGCUCUCAAACCACCUCCUGAUUUUAAGCACAGAUUAUGGACCGCUACAAGUUAUUAUUGAUUCGCUUUAGCAGGAGGGAGGAGCAAGAAGAUAUAUUUAUAAAGAAUAUAUUUUAUCCACAGCCACAAAAAGAUCUUAACUACUCAACUAUUAAUCUUUCCAGAAACAUCUGGUUUCAGCUCAUUAAAUGCAAAAUUUUCCAGUCUAAGUAAAUCUUAGAAAGCACAAUGAAUGAUGAUGUUUAAAAAGCUGUAAAAUUAAAUUAAUCUGUUACUAAAGUAGUUUAAGUUCUUUUUAUUUUUUUAGAAAGGGCCAGACUUCACUUUGAUCUCCGACACCGUUAAAUAACAAACAACUGGUUUCAGUUUUUAUUGGAUGGAUUUGAAUAAUUAAACUGUGUUGAUAUGGAUGGAUUUUAAAUCAUCGAUAAGCAGUUUGAAGAAGGUCCGCAGAUCAAAUGUAAUUGAAAACAAAAAAUGACACUAACAUUUAAAGAUGAAAGUUAGGACUUCCAAAAUUAGACAAAUUAAAGGUUAACCUUUUAAAAUUAACAUAUCUUCCAAUUGAAGUAUCAAAAAUCUCACUCUGGAAAUUUUAGGAUGUCCAUUUAUUUCGUGCAGGCGUGUCCAACUCCAGCCCUCGAUCUCCUGUAUGUUUAUGUCAGUCAUCUGUCAAUCAUUGGCGACCUUGACAGUUCCUAUAAAAUAAAUGCAAUUGUUGCAUUUUUAUUUUAUACUCUUCAUUUUUUAAGUUGAUCAGAAUGUCCAGGAACAUUUUAGUAAGUGAUCCCCAACUUUCUGUUUCCAGAGGGUAUAAAUAUCAUGUGGCACAGAGGCGUGUGUCUUUUAGCCACACUUCACCAUGGCAAAGAGGAGAGAAAAUUAAAUUAAAAUAAGGCAGAUGUGUGUAAGUCUUCAUAACUCAGGAAGUAGCAGCAAGAAAUUCAGCUGCUUGAACUUGCCCACUUUGGCGGUCAGAGCAGUGAUUUAAAAAAAACACUAAAACACCUGGAAAUGCGAUAAACAAUGCAGGAAAGGAUAGUAAGGAAGAGGAUUUUUAAAAAUGACCAAAGCUCAGAGUUUGAGAACUGCUACAAAAAGUGGCAUCUUGGUUUUCCAUAGAAACAAUUUCUUUUAAUGGAUUUGGAGACAUCUUUACGACGAGUGCCACCUAUAAUGUAGGGCUCUGUGUUACUGAGUUUAAAGAUUUAUUUCUAUUUUAUGAGAAUUUAGAUGCUCAUGUUGGACAAACGGGACAUUUAUCUUCCCAGAACAGUCUAAAUAUUUUUUUCUAAAAAGGGACUUGGAAGUAUAACGGCGGCACAAAUUAAAGCGCGGGCCUCGGGUAGCGAGCACUUCAUUUGUCAAUCUUUGCUGAAACAUUUUAUCUCAUGCCAAAUCUGCCCCCCCCCACCCCCACCUCCACCCCGGUUCUCAUCAGGCGGAUGAGCUGUGUGCCAAACGGUGGAUCUUCAAAGCCCCAUCAGCCCGCGCGGCGCCCCUCCACUCUUGAGAUGCUUGGAAUAAUGGGAUCAUCUCUGACAAAGUCUUGAGGGUUGCUUGGCCUUUUCUCCCUCUUCACAAACACAAGCUCAAGUGCGUGCAGCUGUGUGCGAUGCCUCUUCAGGGUUUCAUGUUUACUUUAAUAAUCGCGGGGAAGGGGCCGACAAUGGCUCCUAAUGUACGUCUUUGUUUCUCUGCCAGAACCUACACAAAUGUCUGAACAACUCUGUUUGGACGGAAAACACAGAAUUCAUUACGAGACAAAAAAAAAAAAAAAGAAAAACAGAAACAUUCAAUUACCAUGAGAAUACUGGAGGUUCUAAUGGGUCCGAAUGCAGCGAACAAUGACACAAGAGCCCCUUUUAAUUUAAUUAUUUACUUUUAUGACGGCUCAAGAUUCCAUUAGCGCUUUUGAGAUCAUGGUAAUUGGCAGCGUGUGCCAGGGGGUGCAUAGAUAUCUGAAGGGUUUGUUGGCAGGUUUUUUGUGUUUGUCUUGGAAAUUUGGCCAAAUCUGUGAAUUUACAAUCAGACUGCUCAAUAAGACGUGGGUUUCAAGUCUUUGUGUCCAUUCAGAUGAAAGAUGGCCCAUCAGAAAUUGGCAGCUAGGUGUUUGUUUUCAUUAAGCCACAUCAGAGAGAUAAUUUACCUAAAUUAUUCUGUUUUGCUUCUCUUUUAAAUAGGCUAAUUAUGUCAAUUCCAUUUUAUAAGAACUGUGUGAUUAGUGUAUUUUAAAGUGCGAUUUAUUAUUAUUAUUUUUUGUUUUGUUUUUUUUGUCCAAACAGCUAUUUCCAAAUAUCUAAAAAGUAGUAUUUUUUGUAAGUUUUAAGCACUCUGUUUUAUGUUUUGCAUGCAAGCAUAUUUGUGACUGGGUCAACUUUGCGGAUGCGGACCCCUAAACUAUUACUAAGUCAUUCCUGUAUUAAAUGAGCAAACAAUACACCAUGUCCUAUGAUGCUGACAACAAUAAAGCGACAAACUACUUGC